AUGCAAACUAAGUUAAAUUACGAGGAUGCAUCUAACAUGGCAGCUGCGCAAUCUAAUAAAAGUUUUUCCAAUGAAUCUCUGUUUUUAUAUCAACGGGGUAGCGCUCAAAAUAUGGAAAUGAUAAUUCCAAAUUACUCUUUACAAUUUAUUUCAAAUGAUCAGUCACCUCUUAUUUAUUGGCCUUACUAUUUAAUUAAUUCGCAGGAAGGUAUUUAUCAAGAUCAUUGUAACUACCAAAAUGUGAUAUGCUCUUAUGCAAAUACGUCAUCCUUUGAGUCAUUAAGUGACUUUCCUAGUGGCCAACAUCGUGUUCAAGGUAAUUUUCAAGCUGUGAAUUAG